UUUUCGGAGUACUGGAACAUGUAUUCCUGGAGAAGUUAUGGACUGACGUCUUUGAUGCUUUUUUUAAGCACAACAACAGGGUGGCAUGAUUUAGACAACAGCGAGUACGACUGCUGGCCGUUAGAAAAACCUGACGAGCAGAAUAUGAUAGAGUGUGGAGGUCUGGAGAUGGCCUGGGUGCACAGGCCUCCAGAGAAGGUCAUCAGCGGGGAGGAGUUCAGUGUCACCUACUCUGUCACUGCCUCAGACGACUUCUACCAGUGGGCUGUGGACAACACCAUCUUCACUCACAGCUCUGUGAGUGAUGCGGCAGCGGCCAAACGCUUCUGCGAAGAGCACGAGUGUCCCCAGAACUGGAAGGACGCGGAUGGAGAGAACUGCUGCAUUCACCACGCCAACAUCCACUCCUGCCCCAUGGGCUACAUGGUGAAAGAGAGGAUCUGUGGGCCCUGGAUCCCUGACGACGGCAGGAUUUUCACUCACACCAUCUCCACCGCAGGCAAAAUGACUCAGACCAACUGGACUGCCAAGGUGGUGCUUUUCCACGUGGGUGUCACUUCACUCAUUGCUCACAUCCGAGUUGGGAAAAUGCAAGUUGCAUUGGAGGCAAAGAGCACUGUCCUGCCGGCCAUAGUGUGUGGAGAUGGGCUGUGUGAUGAGGAUGAAAUGUGCUCCACCUGUCCUGCUGACUGUGGCGAGUGUCCCAUGACUGCUAGUAUCAAAGUGGCCAUCAGUCUUCCUAUUUCUAUAGUCUUCGUCAGCUUCAUAAUCAUAACAGUGUGGUUUCGGUAUCAGAAGCAAAAAUUCUUUUGGGAUGAAAGCUGGAUCAUCGACUUUAGUCAGAUAAAGCAAGAUCAGAUGGCGCGAACCACCAUGGGCAGCAUCAUGAGUGUCCCCAACGGCAACAGUGACUCCAACGCUAGCUGCGUGACAGCGCUUAGCUCCUGCACUGGUGCUGUCAACACCUCCCGUAGGCAGCUCUUCACCCACACCGGCAUCUACGAUGGGCGCACGGUUGCCAUUAAGAAAAUUAAGACGAAGACUUUUUCCCUCACAAAAACAAUCCGGAGGGAAGUAAAGCAAGUGAGAGAGCUGGACCAUCCCAACCUGUGUAAGUUUUUCGGUGGGUGCGUGGAAGUGCCGAACGUGGCCAUCAUCACUGAGUACUGUCCCAAGGGCAGCCUGAAUGAUGUCCUUCUCAAUGAGGAGAUUCCGCUCAACUGGGGCUUCAGGUUCUCCUUUGCCACUGACAUUGCCAGAGGGAUGUCAUAUCUUCACCAGCACAGGAUUUGCCACGGGAGGCUAAAAUCGGUCAACUGUGUCAUUGACGAUCGCUGGGUAUGCAAGAUCACAGAUUACUGCCUGCCAACAUACAGGAAGGAAGACUCACCUGAGAUCCCCAGCACCUACCAGCAGAGGCUUAAAGAGGUGUACACACCUCCCGAGGCCCAGGGCUCUGACAUGGAGCCCACACUGCCAGGGGACGUGUUCAGUUACUCAAUUAUAUUACUGGAAAUAGCCACUAGAAGCGACCCCGUCCCAGUAGAAGACAGCUCCUUGGAAUGUGCCUGGUGCCCCCCUCUCCCAGAGCUGAUCUCUGGGAAGGCGGAAAACACGUGCCCCUGCCCCUCUGAGUAUGUGGAGCUCAUCAGAAGAUGCAGGUCCCACAACCCCACCCACCGGCCCACCUUUGAACAGAUCAGGAAGUUUGUUCACAGAAUCAACCCUCACAAAGUCAGCCCGGUGGAUAUGAUGAUGAAUCUGAUGGAGAAGUACAGCAAGCACUUGGAGGUUCUGGUUGCAGAGAGGACACAGGACCUGAUGCACGAGAAGCAGAAGACUGACCGGCUCUUAUACAGUAUGCUGCCCAAGCAAGUUGCUGAUGACCUCAGACAAGGAAAGCCCUCACAAGCCCAAAGCUAUGUGAGUGCCACAGUAUUUUUCAGUGAUAUUGUGGGUUUCACUCAGCUGUCAAGCACCAGCACACCGUAUCAAGUUGUGGAUUUCUUAAACAAACUAUAUACAACUUUUGAUGAAAUCAUUGACAAUUAUGAUGUUUACAAAGUAGAGACUAUUGGAGAUGCAUACAUGGUUGUCUCAGGUGUUCCGAAGGAAAAUGGUAUUUUGCAUGCCUCUGAAAUAGCCAGCAUGGCCUUGGACCUGGUUGCUGUCUGUAAGACCUUUAGAAUCCCCCACAAGCCCAGUACUUUGCUUCAGAUCAGAGCAGGCAUCCAUUCAGGUCCUGUUGUUGCAGGUGUGGUUGGUACUAAAAUGCCCAGGUACUGUUUGUUUGGUGACACAGUGAACACCGCUUCAAGGAUGGAAUCUACCAGUGAAGCUCUGAAGAUUCAGUGCAGCUCAAGUGCUUACUAUCUUCUGGAGGAGAUUGGUGGCUAUGUGUUAAACUGUCGGGGCAUGCUGCAAGUUAAGGGCAAAGGCGACAUGGUCACCUACUGGUUAGAAGGAAAGCAGGCCGUGCCAGUUGUUAAGGACCAUGGUAAGAAACCUCCACCCAUGCCGGAAAAUGAGAAGGACCACUACACCUCCAUCCCAGGGUUUCUGAAUACUGAUCAACUCAUAGAUCCAGUGUGA